AUGGGGACGGUAGCUACUUCCUCUAAAGGAGGGUCAAAAGGAAAAUCCAAGGAUCCUCCUUUUCGUUUGUUGAAUCGCGAGGACCGUCAAACUUAUGAUUUUCUCAUUUCAAAUAAGCGUCAAGUUAAGUCAACAAAAUUCCUCCAUAGGGAAUCUUUUGCUAGUCUUGGGGUACUCGAUGGAGUCCAAGCGUUAUUUAACAACAUCGGGUGGGGUCAAUUUCUCUAUAACCGCGCUGCCACCUAUGUUGAACCCACCAUGGAAUUUCUUGUCACAUUCAAUCCCGAGGAUGAAGCCCAAACCGUCACCUUCCAAAUGCUCGGUGAGAAACGAUCCCUACCACAUCGGGUCGUGAACGCUUUGAUGGGUGCUUCAGUAGACAACCUAUAUUACCAACAAGACCCAUAUCCCGGAAACUUCAAUGAACAUUACUUUUGGCAACAAAUUACCAAUGAGCCACCAUAUUCAUCGUCUUCGUCAAAGGCCUCCUCCAUAAUUCACCCAUGUUUGCGCCUAGCGCAUCGAGUUCUCACAUGCACCAUUUUUGCCUGCUCCGAAGUGGGACAAAUUUCAAAGGCGAAAUUAUUUUUCCUUUGGUGCAUGACUCGUGAGAACGGUCCGCGGCCAGAUUUUGCCUCCUUCUUCUUCACCAAGUUUUACAACCUCACAACUAUGGACAAAGGAGACAUUUUCAUUGGGGGAUUAAUCACCAAGUAUAUAGGGAGUUUUGAGCCAACCAAUCCCGAGCAAUGGAUUAUUCCAUCUGACUACCCUCCACCUGUAGAUGAUGAGGAUGACCAGUUUCAGCAUUCACAACAAUUCGCCGAGCCUCAGUUUCAGCAGCAAUACGGGGGAUACGAAGUCCCACCAUAUUUCCCCCUACGUUCAUAG